AUGGCGCCAGUGACUUUGAAAACGGUCGAUGACGACCUCAAAGAUGUGAUCCAGCACUUAUUCGAGAUACAAUCCGCCGUCCACGGCUAUCUGGGCCCAGAGACACAGCAAGAGCUUGUGCGAAAGAUCAAAAAUCUAACACUCGCCCUUUCGACCCUGUCAACACACACACAACUUUCGCCAACACAAGAAACCCAACCAGACACCAACACCGAUCCUUCUAACCCCUCCCUCGCCAGCAUCCAGCUCCCACCAGAGAUAAUCGACUACGUCGACUCGGCGCGCAAUCCGGAUAUCUACACGCGAGAGUUCGUCGAGCUUGUGCAACGUGGUAAUCAGGACCUGCGCGGGAAGCGCGAGGCCUUUGCGAGCUUCCGUGACGUGCUGGCCCGCGAGAUGCGCAGCGCUAUGCCCGAAUGCCGCAGCGAGGUUGAUCGCGUGGUCGCUGCGACGGGUGGGACGGUUGAUGGAUCCGGAGGUGUCGCUGAAGAUGCGGCUAUAGAUGCAUCACACCCAGAAAUACCGGAGAACGACCGCAGAAACACAUCAUUGUAUCAUGGGCCAACAAGUACGGUGUAUGAUGAUACCAGUCCGAACUAUAAUGAGCAGAAUAGACUAGGUCCAUCCAACGAAGAGGGAACAAGGCAUUUUCUCUUUUCCCAGACAGCGAGGCAGAGACAGCUUGAGCCACUCAAUCUUGCUGCCGGAAGACUCGAUUUUGAUGGUAUCGAUCCUGAUAUUGGCAUGCAUCUACUCUCCAUAUAUUGGAGUCGUCAGCUUUACACAGCACAGAUAAUUUACCGGCCGGCUUUCAUGCGAGAUAUGGCCUGCGAGGGGCCGUACUUCUCUAAAUUGCUGUUGAAUGCGAUAUUUUUUGUAGUGUCGAAGCACUGCGACCGACCAGAGCUUCGUUCCGAUCCAAAUGACAUUACGACUGCAGGAUGGAAGUUCCGGCAACGCUUCACGCAGCUUUUGCGAGAUUGCUUUGAUAAAAGCGAAAUCACUACCCUUCAGGCAUUAUUGAUUAUGUCUAAUGCGCUUUUUUCCAGAUGUGAUGAAAGGAGUCUGUCAUGGCUCUACGCUGGAAAUGCCUUCAAUAUGUUCAUUGAUCUUGGUCUGCAUGUGCUUCCUGCUGUGGAUAGUAUCCCUGCCGAAGAACUUGAAAUUCGAAAGCGAGUUCUCUGGGGAGCAUACUUUAUUGAUAAGAUCCAGUGUCUUUUCCAAGGGAGACCUCCCCUUCUCAACCGUGUCAAUGUGAGCGCGUCACUGGACUUUCUGGAUGACUUUGACGAGCUUGAACCCUUUCAGGGUAUCACAUACAUGACCACAAAGCCUCGAGUAGUGGUUCCAUCGCUUAAUGUUUCUUUACUCACUAAUUUAUGCGAGUUGACAACGAUUGUGGAACGUAUUCUCCGAGAGAUUUAUUCAGAAUCUCGAGAGUCAAAUCUGGUUCACCGAGCAAAUAUCUCAAGGGAAAUCAAGUCACAGCUGAGAAACUGGCGCGAAAAUUUGCCUCGUCGGCUUGACUAUCUGUCAUUCCCAGACCAGGCGGUUCUCCUUCCUCAGUCUGCCUGUCUUUUAGCUCUAUUCAAUGUGCUUAUUAUUUUGCUCCAUCGUCCUUUAAUAACCGGCCACGACGGGGUCAUCAAUUCAACAACUGCCCACGAGUCGGUGAAUGCAUGUACCGCAGCUGCGAACCAAAUUGUUCAGAUUCUCCAUGACUACUCGCAGCAUUUCUCUUUGAGCAGUGCACCAUACAUGCUCUCAUAUGCUACGUAUAUCAGUGCAACGAUCCACGCACGAAUUGUGGCCCAGAAAGGGAGUAACUCAACCAUGUUCCAAUCACUGGUUUUUUGCCGAAAUAUUCUUAUUGAACACACACGCCUCUAUUCUGCAGCAGAAAAGGCCAGGGAGAAUUUGGAUAAGUUGAUUUCUCACUUAGGAAUCAAUGUUGCAGACGACAAUCAACGCGCUGGAAGCGCAGGGAACAACUUUCCCAGCGAGCACAUGGUCAUGCCCGAGUCUAUUAAUGUUGCCAGAGAAUCCGGCGUCGCAGAUCGUCCACUUGAAUUUGGAUCUUUUCAGAUGAGUUUGGAAUUAUCGGAUCUGGACCUUGAGGCAAUUGCCCAAGGCUUUCAGGUUGAUGUAGAGUCGAAUUCGUUCUGGAAUGCUCUGGUAUGA